AUGAGAUGACGCCGCGUUCCGGGCCCGACUGCCGAGUGUAGCCGGCGAUAAGAAGAACUGAAAAACCACCCAGUCCGACAGUAAAGAAGCUCUGAAACACAGUGAAAGACGGGAAAACCUGUUCUAUAACUCGUCCGCUGCUGACGGUUCUUUUUGUGGUGACUGUAGGAAGAAAAGCUCAUCAUGGAGAAGAGUCUGGUGUUGUGUUCGGUCUUCUGCUUCGUUCUGACAACGUUGCUUUCUCAUACAGAGUCUGUAGCUGUCAUGUCAGUUGAUCUAGGCAGUGAAUGGAUGAAAAUGGCAAUCGUGAAACCUGGCGUGCCAAUGGAGAUUGUUCUCAACAAGGAGUCGAGGAGGAAAACGCCAAUGGCUGUCUGUCUUAAGGAAAAUGAAAGACUUUUUGGAGACAGUGCAUUAGGAGUGUCUGUGAAGACUCCCAAAGUUGUCUACAGACACCUUCAAAGCCUCCUGGGAAAGAAGCACAGCAACCACCAGGUGGCGCUCUACCAGAAACGCUUCCCUGAGCACCAGCUGUUGGAGAAUCCAACCAGAGGCACAGUUUUCUUUAAACACUCAGAAGAACUGCAGUAUGCACCUGAGGAGCUCCUUGGCAUGGUGCUGAAUUAUUCCCGGGUUCUUGCUCAAGACUUUGCAGAACAACCAAUCAAAGAUGCUGUCAUCACCGUCCCAGCGUUUUUCAACCAGGCAGAGCGAAGGGCGGUCCUGCAGGCUGCACACAUGGCAGGUCUGAAGGUCCUCCAGCUGAUCAACGACAACACAGCCGUGGCCUUAAACUAUGGAGUUUUCAGAAGGAAAGAUAUCAAUGGCACUGCUAAGAAUGUGAUGUUUUAUGAUAUGGGGUCUGGCAGCACAACAGCAACUAUCGUCACUUAUCAGACUGUCAAAACAAAGGAUUCUGGGACCCAACCCCAGUUACAGAUCCGAGGUGUUGGGUUUGAUCGGAGCCUGGGGGGCUUUGAAAUGGACCUACGACUCCGAGACCAUUUAGCCAAACUGUUUAAUGAGCAGAAGAAGAGCAAGAAGGAUGUGAGGGAGAACCAUCGGGCCAUGGCCAAGCUCCUGAAGGAGGCCCAGAGGCUCAAGACAGUGUUGAGUGCAAAUGUAGACUUCAUGGCUCAGGUGGAGGGGUUGAUGGAUGACAUAGACUUCAAAGCCAAAGUGACCAGGGCUGACUUUGAAGUUUUAUGUGCAGAUAUUUUUGAGAAGCUGCCCCUCCUGGUGCAGGAUGCCCUCAACGCUGCAGAAAUGAAGCUGGAGGAAAUUGAACAGGUGGUCUUAGUAGGUGGUUCCACACGUGUCCCAAAAGUCCAGGAGGUGCUGCUCAAAGCUGUGGGGAAAGAGGAGCUGGGGAAGAAUAUUAAUGCUGAUGAAGCUGCAGCGAUGGGCGCCGUGUACCAGGCUGCCGUCCUCAGCAAAGCCUUUAAGGUCAAACCCUUCCUGGUGCGAGAUGCAGCCGUUUACCCCAUUCAGGUGGAAUUCACCCGUGAGAUGGAAGAAGAUGGCAUUAAAACCCUGAAACACAACAAGCGAAUCCUCUUCCAGAGGAUGGCACCUUACCCCCAGCGCAAGGUCAUUACGUUCAACCGUUACAACGAUGACUUCUCUUUUGAUAUCAACUACGGUGACCUCAGCUUUUUGAGACCUGAUGACCUCAGUGCAUUUGGUUCUUUGAACCUGACCACAGUCAAGCUGUCUGGUGUGGGAGCCAGCUUCCAGAAACAUGCAGAUGCGGAAUCAAAGGGCAUCAAAGCACAUUUCAACAUGGAUGAAAGUGGAGUUCUCUUGUUGAAUCGGGUGGAGUCGGUCUUUGAAACCAUUGUUGAUGAGAAAGAAGAGGAGUCUACCUUAACUAAACUGGGUAACACGAUUUCCACCUUGUUUGGAGGAGGAUCUUCAGAACCUAGCCCAAAUGUGACAGAACCUGUCCAGGAUGAAGAGGAGGUGCCUCCAGACUCUGGGAAGGAGGGUAAAGAAGAAGGUGGUAAGACUGAAGAACAGAAGGAAGAAACUGCUGAAGAAAAGGGGGAAGGGACGGACAAAAGCGAAUCUCAAGAGAAAAGCCAGGAGACGACUGAGUCUGCUGGUACAAAGACUGAUGCCAAGGAGGAGAAAGAUGGAGAUAAAUCGCCCAAUGCUGAGGCAGAGAAGGAACCUGACAAGGAGGUGAAACCUCAGAAAAAGACGAAAAUGUCUGAAGACAUUACUGUGGAACUCUUAAUCAACGAUCUACUUGAUCCCACUGCAGAAGACCUUACGUCCUCUAAAAAGAAACUGCAGGAUUUGACAGACAGAGACUUGGCCAAACAUGAAAGAGAAAAGACUUUGAACAGUCUUGAAGCCUUUAUCUUUGAAACGCAGGACAAACUUUACCAGGACGAUUAUCUGCUGGUGGUGUCAGAGGAGGAGAAGACUCAGAUCUCCACUAAGCUGACUGAGGCCUCGGCGUGGAUGGAUGAGGAUGGCUACACGGCUACCACCAAGGAGCUGAGAGCGAAGUUGUCUGAGCUGAAGACCCUGUGCAAGGACAUGUUUUUUAGGGUGGAGGAACGACGCAAGUGGCCAGACCGCCUGACUGCCCUGAACAGCAUGCUCAACACUUCCAGCUUCUUCUUGAAGAGUGCAAAAAUGAUUCCAGAAGAUGACCAAAUCUUCACUGAAGUCGAGCUGAACAUGUUGGAAAAAGUGAUCAAUGAAACAACGACAUGGAAGAAUGAAACUUUAGCAGAGCAAGAGAAACGGUCACCAAAGGAACGCCCGAUUCUGCUGUCCAAAGACAUAGAGUCCAAGCUGGCCCUGCUGGAUCGGGAGGUGAACUAUUUGCUCAACAAGGCCAAGUUUGCAAAGCCAAAGGCUAAUGCUAAAGCCAAGAACAGCACCAACUCUGAUAAAGGCAACACGUCCGACAACAGCACCACCGAGGAGAAGAUAAUUCCUUCCACAGACGAGAGCGAGGCCCCCAAAAAAGAAGAGGUACCGCCAGAAAAAACCCCACCUACUGAAAAUACUGCACAGAAAGACUCAGAUAGCCAAUCACAGCCCACAGAAGAAACGACGACAGGAUCAGCAGAGAAACCCCGACAUGAAAACCACAUAGAAGAUGAAUUAUAACAGCUGGAAACAUUUCACUCUAUUUAUUGACAGUGUAUAAAUGUUCAAGUUUCUUCUAGCGCCGUCUUUCCGUUUUUGUUUAGACUUUUUUGUUGUUUUUUCUGCCUAUGUUUGUUGACCUGCUGAAAGUUUAAGGAUCGGAGACCACUCAUCUCCUGCUCUACUAUCAUGGAUUCUGUAAGCAACAACACUUAUACACCGAGAAGAACCACUUUAUUGUUAUGCUCUUUGUCAUUCAGCAUGAGAGACUUGAAGCAGUGACUGCUUUAAAAGCUGCUACAAUGAGCUCACCUCUGUUCACGUGUGAAUUUAAAGUCGGCGUAGACUGUAGCUCCACAGCAGCAGUUGAUUGAAGUAACAGGAAACUUGUUCUCAUCUGUUUAAAAAAGGGAAAAAACAUUUUAGUUUACAUCAUUUAAUACAAACUCAUCUUCUGAAAUUAGGUGUUAAAAUUAAAACCCAAUCUGUCGCUUUUAAAUGCUUUGUUGUGCUAAAUAUUCAUGCUGGGCAGUUGAGGUGCGCAGGACGCCAGUGUCUGUCAUCACACUUAACACCGUAUAAAUCUGUUUCUCCGCCAGACCAGAAAUAUUUUUUAUGCUGCUGAUGAAAUGAUGAAGAAAAAAUUAAGCCGAAUAACUGUUAAUUUUGAAAUUGAUAAUAACUUGAGUGCAGCUCUGAGGCCGUGGUGAUCGGAGCUGGAUAUGGUGUGUAUGGCGAUUAAUCCCCUCCUGUUCUGAUGAGUCAAAACAGCUGUUAAAUAAGCUUCUUAUUGACAUAAUUCCCUAUAAAGUCAUUUUCACAUAAAGACUCAACAGUCAUGGAAAUGGCUGAACUGUGAUUCUGUUGUGUGAACCAGUGGACCUUUGGUGCUGGCUUGUUUAAGCCUUAACCACAGACCAGACCUUUAACAUAUAAAAUUGUUUAAAAAAAUAAAUAAAUAAAAUCUUUGAUUCAUGUCAUUUUUCCAUCCAGAUUUUAACUGAGAGGGCAAAUUUGAAAAUGAAAUCGGUCCAGGUUAAACUCUUCCUCACAUACGCUCAUAAAUAUAUUAAUCAUUGUCAUCAUCCAAAAAGUGCAAAAUACAGUGAUAUGGGAAGGGUGAUCAUAUCACCCCUCCCUAAAAAGCAUGCAGCCUGAACUCUGAUCUGUUUGGAUCCCCUCUAUAACCUGCCUUGUUUCCUCACCACUGGCAGGAUCAGGAUUUGUCCUGUUCUGGCCUUUCUGUCUGUUAACAACUAGUUGAUUUUUGUAUUGAGAUUUAGGCCACAGUGAUGUUGCUGGUGUGUGUGGUUCUGUGGAUGAUACAAAUUUACUUCACUCAAGUCCCUAAUUUCUGCAUUCAUAAACUGUCAGUGUAUUAAUAGUCGUUUGUUUUUUGUUUUUUUGUUUUGUGUUUUUUUUUUUUUUUUUUUUAAGUGUAAAUGUAAACUUGGAUUUCAGAUGUUCUUGAUGAUGUGACUGAAACAAUUGAGGUGUGGGGUCUUUUUUUUUUUCCCUUCCUCUUCUCAAAGCUUCAAAUGGUUUAAAAUGUGAUGAAGCUUGAAUGUACUGCUUGAACAGUUUUUGUUAAUAGUCUACCAGGAAGUAAAGUGAUGAUGGCCUAGUCUCUCUUGGAUCUUCCUUCUCAAAUAUGAGGAUUUGCAUCUUUUCCUCAUGUUUAUUCAUUAUUUUGGGUUUUGCACUAAUGGUCAAAUGAUGAACUUUUGACUCUGACAUCAUGGUGAUUUACUUCUGUAUUGUGACAUUUAGAAACGAAACAAUUAAUGAAUUGGUGGACUCAUUAAUUCUGCCCAUUUUCAUUAAAUGGGCCUCAAACUGCUGUUUUGUACUUUUUUACCAACUGCAGUCAGGCUUUUGUUUCUCCUGAAAUGAAGCUUAAAAUAAGUUUAAGCUCUACAGUUAAAAUGUUGUUGGAAAUGUAUCUGUUGACAAAUCUGCUGCAUCAGUUUCUCCGCAUAUACCUGCUAACCCUCAUCCUGUUAAUCUCGUUGAUUGAAUUGUAGUCUUUUUUUUUUUCUUUUUCUUAUUCCCUGAUGCCAAUAAAAUCUAUGAAGUGCUUGAAUGUGUCUUAGUGACAAACCCCAUGUUUUCAAAUGGCCGUAAGCUGCUAAACUUGAGGAGGCGGUGUAUCUGUUACUGUUCUUUACCUCAUAAUGCUGUUUUAUGGCACAGCUUCUUGUUGAGAUGCUUAGUCCAUUUGGCCCAUAAGGGUGUAUGGGGGGGGAGAUUCGGAUCAACAGUGUGCUUUUUUUUUUUGUGUGUGUGUGUGCCGCAGCGUCAAUAAUUUAGAGGGAGGAUCUGAAUAAAACAAAUGUCAAGUGUGGGAAGAUGUAAGCAAUGUUGUAUUUCUAAACUGUUAAUUAAAUCUCUUUUUAAGAAAAA